AUGUUUGGCUGGGGCAGCGUAACGAUCGCAAUGGCUUUCGCGCGUACCUACGAACAUAUGAUCGGACUCAUAAUCCUCAUGGGUUUCCUCGAGUCCGGCUUUGCCCCCGGCGUGCUUCUGCUCCUCUCCUCCUGGUAUAAGAGUGAAGAGCAGAGUAAGAGAUUUGCCGCGUACAUCUCCGCUGCUAUCCUCUCCGGUGCAUUUGGUGGCCUCUUGGCUGGUUCUAUCACUAGCGGUCUUGACGGCGCACACGGCAAGGCUGGUUGGAGAUGGCUGUUUGUCGUCGAGGGUGCUGCCACUAUGGGAGUUGCUGUCAUUGCGUACUUUAUCCUCCCUGACUUUCCAGCAAACACGUCGAGGCUCAAGUUCAGCCAGGAAGAGAUUGAUCUUGCCAUUCGGAGACUGCAGCACGACAGGCCACAGGUUCAUACUGAAGAUGAGGAGAAACUAGGUCAUUGGCAGGCCUUUAAACUCAGCAUGACUAACUGGCGCACUUGGCUCUUUGUUGUUGGUUACAUGGCAAUCGUCGGAUCUUCAACCCUCUCCUACUUCUAUCUCUCCUACUUCUACCUCACUCUCGUCAAAGGCCUCGGAUACGAAUUCACGGCAGCUCAGUAUAUGACCAUACCCAUCUUUGGCGUUGCAUUUGUAGUCACCGCCCUCACAGGCUCCUUCGCCGAUAAGAACAGCAAAUGGCGAGGCGUCAUACUGUGUGCCUGGAUGAGUGUUGCCAUGCUAUGCGCCGUCAUCAUAUGCGUCGUCUACAACUUCAAAGCUCGCUACGCUCUCCUCGUCAUCGACGCCAAAGAAGCUCUUAGCAAACGACAAAUAAAGGGCAGCGGGAAAAUGAGGCUCUUGUCACCUGCGACUGCUAAGGCUUUGCUCGACGCUGGCUACACAGUUCGGGUUGAGGAAUCCCCGGACCGCAUUUACAAGAUUGACGAGUUCAGAGAUGUUGGGGCUGACAUCGUACCCGCCGGCUCGUGGGUCAAUGCACCCAAGGAGGAUAUUAUCCUGGGAUUGAAGGAGAUUGAGGCGAAUGGUACACCGUUACCUCACACCUACAUUCACUUUGCUCAUGUAUUCAAGAAGCAAAGCGGCUGGGCUACUGAGCUGUCCCGCUUCGCAAACGCGGAUGGCUUACUGUAUGACUUGGAAUUUCUUACGGACGAAGAUGGACGCCGAGUAGCUGCAUUCGGAUAUUGGGCGGGAUAUGCCGGAACCGCUCUGGCACUACUGUCUUGGGCUCACCAGCUGCUCAACCCUGGCGUACCCCAAGGACCGGUUCCCGUCGUCGACUCUGCCUCUGCUUUGACUGAACUUGUCAAGGGUAAGGUCGACGCUGCACGUUCCGCCAACCACGGCGCGCUCCCUCGGCUGAUCGUAAUCGGUGCCCUGGGCCGCUGCGGCAAAGGUGCCAUCGCAGCAGCUGAGGCCAUCGGUGUUAGUGACAUUCUGAAAUGGGACAUCGCCGAGACGAGCAAGGGAGGUCCAUUUACUGAAGUCGCUUCGUCUGAUAUCUUUGUGAACUGCGUCUACCUGGGCUCCCACAAAAUCCCCCCGUUCACGACUUUUGAAGCUCUCUCGGCACCCGACAGACGACUCCGGGUCAUUUGCGACGUCAGUUGCGACCCCAACAGCGAGAAUAACCCUAUUCCCGUCUACUCCAGCUACAGUUCGUUUGAGAACCCCACUGUUCCUGCUUCCGAGCACAUCGAUGGCCCUGAGCUGCGAAUCAUCGCCAUCGAUCAUCUUCCUACCAUGGUCGCACGCGAGUCGAGUGACGAAUAUUCCUCACUACUUCUGCCAAGUUUGUUGACUCUGGACCGCCGGGAUACCGAAGGGGUUUGGCAGCGAGCGGAACGGAUCUUUCGCGAUAGGGUUGCAGAACUGCCUUAA